AUGGGGCUGCAGCGGUCCGAGCCGGUGCCGUUCCUGUGCCUGAAGAAUAUCCGGACAUUCCUAAAAGUGUGCCACGACAAGUUCGGCUUGAGGAACAGCGAACUUUUUGACCCGUUUGAUCUUUUUGAUGUCAGAGACUUCGGCAAGGUGAUCUCUGCCCUGUCGAGGAUCUCCCACCACAGCAUUGCACAAAUCAAAGGCAUCAGGCCCUUCCCGUCCGAGGACACCGCUCUGAAUGAGGAUGAUGUGUACCGGAGCCUGGAGGAGCUGGCAGAUGAACAUGACCUGGGCGAGGAUGACAUCUACGACUGCGUGCCGUGUGAGGACGACGGCGACGACAUUUAUGAGGACAUCAUUAAGGUGGAAGUACGACAACCCAUGAAAAUGGGCAUGACAGAAGAUGACAAGAGGAACUGCUGCUUAGUUGAGAUCCAAGAGACUGAAUCCAAGUACUACAAGACUUUAGAGGACAUUGAGAAGAAUUACAUGAUCCCACUGAAGCAAGUCUUGAGUUCGCAAGAAAUGGAGGCUAUUUUUGUCAACCUGGAGGAYAUCAUCCGGGUCCACUUUGCCCUUCUGCGAGCCAUCGAUACGAACAUGCUCAGYGGAGGAAGCGGCCUUGGAAAGAUCUUCCUCGACUUCAAAGAAAGGUUGCUGAUCUACGGUCAGUACUGCAGCCACAUGGAGAACGCCCAGAAGACACUGGAUGAGCUAAUAGCAACACGGGAGGAUGUGAAGAUUAAAGUGGAGGAAUGCACCAUGAAGGUGCAGGAGGGGAAGUUCAAGCUGCAGGAUCUCUUGGUGGUUCCCAUGCAGAGGGUGCUGAAGUAUCACCUACUACUGAAGGAACUUUUGAGUCACUCAGCUGACCGACCUGAGAGGCAACAACUUAAAGAGGCCCUGGCUGCUAUGGAGGACUUGGCCAUGUAUAUCAACGAAGUCAAGAGAGACAACGAGACGCUGAAGAAAAUCAGUGAAUUCCAAAGUUCAAUAGAAAAUCUUCAGCAGGUGAAGCUGGAGGAGUACGGCAGGCCAAAGAUAGACGGAGAGCUGAAGGUGUCCUCCAUCGUCAACAGAACAAAACAAGACCGCUACAUUUUCCUUUUCGACAAAGUGGUGAUUGUUUGCAAGAGAAAAGGCUACAGCUACGAGCUGAAGGAGAUCAUUGAGCUCCAGCUGUACAAAAUGUCAGACGACCCCAUGAACAACAGAGACAUGAAAAAGUCAAGUGGAAAAAUGUGGUCUUAUGGUUUCUACCUGAUCCACCUGCAAGGGAAGCAGGGCUUCCAGUUCUUUUGUAAAACGGAAGAAAACAAGAGGAAGUGGAUGGAGCAGUUUGAGAUGGCCAUGUCCAACAUCAAGCCUGAGAGAGCUACCGCCAACCAGCACAACUUCCAAAUGCACACCUUUGAUAAGAACACCAACUGCAGAGCCUGCAAGAUGCUCCUAAGGGGCAUCUUCUAUCAGGGCUACUACUGCUCUCGCUGUGGAACAGGAGCUCACAAAGAGUGUCUGGAAGUGAUCACCAUCUGUAAAAUCAAUCCUCACGACAUGGAGCCUGGAAUGUCACCAGGUCCAAAGAUGGUGGCUGUGAGGAACUACCACGGCACGCCGACGCCUCCAGGGAAGACGCCUCUCUGUUUCCAAACAGGAGACUUCAUCGAGCUGCUAAAGGGGGAUCCGGACACCCCGUGGUGGGAGGGGAAGCUGAUACAAACACAAAAGAGUGGCUUCUUUCCCAGUUCAUGUGUAAAACCUUACUUAGACCCGAAGCCUUUCCAGUCAUUAUCCAGCCGGCAGUCAUCAAGAGAAGCAGACUACUAUGGAUAUCCUUGGUUUGCGGGGAACAUGGAGCGCCAGCAGGCGGACAACCUCCUGAAGUCCCACUGCAGCGGGACGUACCUGAUCAGGGAGCGGACGGCCGAGGCUGAGCGCUUCGCCAUCAGCAUCAAAUUCAACGAUGAAGUGAAACACAUCAAGGUUAUCGAGAAAGACAACUGGAUCCACAUCACUGAAGCAAAGAAGUUUGAGAGUCUUCUGGAGCUGGUGGAGUACUAUCAGUCGCAUUCACUGAAGGAAAGCUUCAAGCUGCUGGACACCACGCUGAGGCAUCCCUACAAGUCCAGAGAACGCUCGCUAACUCGGGCUAGCACACGCUCACCAGCAGCAACCUGCGCCUCCUACAAUUUCUCCUUCCUCAGUCCACAAGGUCUGAACUUCUCCUCCUCUCAGAGCUCCGCUCCCUUCUGGUCAGUGUUUACUCCUCGGGUGGUGAGCACGGCAGUGGCCAGAUAUAACUUUGCAGCACGCGACAUGAGGGAGCUGUCCUUGCGGGAAGGAGACAUCGUCAAAAUAUACAGCAAGAUUGGCGGAGACCAGGGCUGGUGGAAAGGAGAGGCUAACGGACGGGUAAGUGCUACGAUAAAAGUCUGAAACAGCCGAGAUUAAAUUUAAUGAUUAAACCACUGAAGACCCUAAAGCAGGUGGCUGGCAGAACCUUUCUGUGAAACCUGGAURGCAUGUCAGCACUCUGUUUCAGAAAUUUGUCCCCAUUAAGCUGCACAUUUGACCGUCCUAAUGUGCUCCUGUGGUGACAGAAGGAGGCCAUGCUCUAAGCUCCCGCAGUCASAAAGCCAUCAUUUUCCGUUUCAACUUCUUGAAAUGGUCUGAUUUAGAUUUUUUUUUCAUGCUGUGUUACCACUUCUGUUCCUAACUUUAUUUGAAACUGUAGUAGAAAAACCCCUCCAUAUUACUUAAUGAACAGCCAGAGUAAACCCUGGCUGUUUACUCUGCCAGGGUUCAGCUUCUAAAGAGCUCUUCAGCUCUUUAGAAGCUGAAGAGAAUCAGCUUCUAAACUGAUUCUCUUUGCUCAAUCAGAGCUGCAAGAUUCUGUUGUGAGAAGUUUUACCAUUUCAGCAUGGGCUUCCUUUGCUUCUCAUCUCAGAUUCAGCCGCUAUGCCAACAGGGCCUCAACCAAAUAACUGACACAUAUGCUGUCGGCAUUUAACUACAACCACCUGCAGAAAGCAACUCAUCCAUUCCCUCUAGUUAUCCAUACCUCGUCCYUUGAAAGUUAGGAAAGCCUUUAUUAUUAUCUUUGGACCUAGAGAGGAAUGAUCAAGAGUCGGCAUGCAGCUUCAGUUAUUAGAGUUAGGAACUAGUAAUCAGGCCCAAAAUCUGGGUGAAGAUGGACCUGAACUUUUAGAAACACAUAAAGAUUACUACAAAGUCAGCCUUCCAUCACUUGAAGAACAUUUCUAGGAUUAAAAGACGAAUGUCCCAGCAAGAUCUAGAGAAACUCAUUCAGACAUUUAUCUUUAGUCUGCGUCAAAAAUCAGAACGCUGCUGCUCAAGUUCUCAUUAAAACUAGGAAAAUAGAGCACAGCACCCCACUAAGUCAUUAAAAAACACCCCACACUAUCAUCCUCCUACCACUUCCUGUCGUAUUUUUUAUCCUUUCUACCAGUGUUAACAUCUGGAUGCUGAUCAUGACUCGUAUGAUGCAAACGCAGCUACUGGCUUCCUGUACCUCAAAGAAUAGACCUUUUGUUUUGCCUUUAGUUCUGACAGUUUAUAAAAUACUGAAUGGUUUAGCAACAAAAUACAUUAAAGACCUGUUGCCAUUGUACUAACCUUCAGACGCCUCAGAUCUUUUCGUUCGAGUUUACUCUGCAUCGCCAAAAAUCAGAACCAAACAUGGAGACAACGUCUAAUUUGCCCUUAGAUAUCAAAGGGACAAAAGAUAUUCCCCUGUGUGGAGGAAAGGGGAUCGUCUUGUCCUCCAAGUCUUUGGGGACACAUGUCUCUGAGGACAGACAGUCAGUCUGUCUGUCACGCUGCUCAAAGCCUUCUCUCCCUGCGCCACUGAAAAUCUUUGUACGAACAGUAUCACAGCGUCUUUAGACUCUAAAAGGAAAAUCCUCAGGAGAGCCAUGAAUACAUCCUGAGAAAACCAUCGCUCUCUUAUCCCAGACUAGAUGACAUUUUCAGAAUACGCCACAAGCAGCAGACUCAGAGCUGAAACUUGUCAUCAGCUCUUCUGCCAUCUGGCAGGUGCUGCAGGGUCUUCACRGCCCACACCUCAGAGCUGAAAAACUGCUUCGUUUUUCUGUUUUUUCCCCCUGACACUGAACUCAACUUAUAAUCACUUCCCACUUCUUCUGUCACCACCUUCAUCAUCAUCAUGCUCUCAGUAUCGGGCUCUUAGCUGCCUAUUUCUACACCUGCGCUACCUGUGGAACAUUUAAUUUUCCUUAUAUGUGCUGCAAGGGCAAAUGUGCAGGAAACACGUUACAUUUUAUC